GCCGCCUACUUAUAAGGCGGCGCGCGCGCGCCCGCCGCUCACAACGUCGGCUCUGAGCGCGCGACUGCUGCCCCGCCCCCACUCAGCGGAUCUCUGAAGCGAUGGCUGCUGUUUCUGCAAUCGCGCUGUUCCUGGCGGUCUCCAUAGCCUGCGUGAACGCGCAGCACGGAGCGAGCAAGUCCAAGGUGUGUGCCAACGUCUUCUGCGGCGCCGGGCGCGAGUGCUCGGUCAGCGACAAGGGGGAGCCCAGCUGCCUGUGCAUUGCGGAGUGCAAGUCUCACAAGCGCCCCGUGUGCGGGAGCAACGGCAAAACGUACCGCAACCACUGCGAACUGCACCGUGACGCCUGCCUCACCGGCACCAAGAUCCAGCCAGCAGCGGACGGAGCCUGUCAGGAGAGGACCGAUGAUUCCGCAUCUUCCGUGAGCCUCCCCGUCGUGUGCUCGCAGGGCGAUCGGAACGGCCUGCGUGGGCGCCUGGUAGAGUGGCUGCGCAGUGAGACGGUGUCAGGCGGCUGGUUCACCGCCGGCAGCGACUACCGCACCGUGCUCAACAACUACUUUGAGGGGACGGCCGGCGUGGACAAGGCGCUGGACUCCACCGAGCUGCUGCAGCUCAUCCAGCAGAACCCGGCGGUGUCCACCAUGAGCUCCCAGCCAGCGGAGGAGCCCGGCCACGGCCAGCUCCUGCGCGGGCUCUGCGUGGAUGCCCUCAUCGAGCUCCGGACCGCGGACACCGACUGGAAACUCGGAUUUGAAGAGUUCCUGGACCUCCUGAACCCCAACUACACCCCCCCAGAGAGAAGUGUGCCCUGGAGGAUGAGUGGCACAGCGACGGCGCCGUCACCCUGGUGGACUGCAACCGCUGCGUCUGCUCCUGCGGCAACUGGGUCUGCACCACCAUGACGUGUGACGGGGCCGGUGGAGAUGCAGAGAAAAGCAAGCAGGUUCAUUUCAAGUCGGAGCAGGACACCGCUCAAGAGGCUCGCAAGGUCAACCUCAAGGAGGUCAUCUGAGCCGUGCCAACGCAGCAACCGUAGCACCGCACACACACAAAACACACACACUCACUCAACACGCCCACUCGACACCCACACGCUCGCUCAACACAUAC